AUGUACCGAUGGACUAACAAAGAUCUAUUUGUUGUUAUACCACAAAGCUCUUUGGGUUGUAUGGUUGAAAAAGCGUUCGGCCUGAAAGGUUUUAGCAAGAGAAUACCAGUCAAGCGCGUUGUUAAAUACAUAACAAUCGAGACGCACCUGGGAGCAUAUAGUGCCAGUGGAGGAGGCAUAAUAUUCGUAGCUUUGCGCUACCCAGUGCCCACCAUCCCAGACGCCUGGCAGCGCUUCAAGUUGGCCCUUCGUUUGAUCAGAUGGACGUACAUUCAACGACACAUAAACCAGAUUAUCAGAUUUUUGGGACUGGAGAAUUCGAUCAAUUUCAUAUGGAACACGGAUGCGCGUUUGGGUGUUACCGGGGUCGCUGACCAAGGAAUAACGUGCGAUGGGCCGUGCGAAAGGUUGAUCAGCGCACAUAUAGCGAGGACAAACCUUGAUGUACAGACAAACCAAAAAGAGUUUCAUGGAAAUCCUUGGGACCUCUUACCAAUGGAGGAGAAUAUCUUGGCCUUGCGCCCCGAUUGUAGAACUGGAGAAAGGUGUUUGAAAAAAAAGCGAUUGGUAGGACUAAAGCAAAAGCAACCCCAUGAUACAUUCUUUGUCUGGGAUUCGAACCCAGACGUCACCCCGAGACGAGGAUCGUCUCAAUUUACACACAUACGUACAGUAUGGGAGUGUAAUACCGGUGUACUAACAAAGAUCUUCUUUCUACUAGAGCCUGAGAAUAGUAAGCAGAGGCUAAAAAAGACGGCAGCCAUCAAUUUCUUCGCCUGGGAUUCGAACCCAGUUCUCUCCCCGAGAUUGAGACGGGGAUCGUCUCAAGUAACCCAGGUCAAGCGCGUUGUUUGCGACGUAAAAGUUGAGACGCACCCGGGCCCGUUUGGUGCUGGCGGAGGUAUAAUAUUCGUGGCUUUGCGCUAUCCAAUGUCCACCAUUCCUAACGCCCAGCGCUUCAGGUUGGCCCUUCGUUUGAUCAGAUGA